AUUAAGUCAUGGAUAAAUUCAAGAAGAGGAAAGCUUCUGCGAAAUGAAGAGAGAGGUCAUCAAGCACCGUAUUUAAAGAGGGAAGUGAAUACUGAGUUGAAUACACAGCUGGUAAUAACUUGUUCAACAAUUGCUCCAAAUAAGGAAAUCUUAGAAUUAGACGACAUCUCAUUGAACCUUUAUCAGAGAGUAUGUAAGCCUCGGGUGAAGAUACCUCCGGCUAGCUACACUGGAAAGAAGAAAGCUUUCAGUAAGCAAGCCUUUGAUGCCUUUUUGGAGAUGUGCAGAUGCCCUAUUUGUCUGAAUUUCAUGGAAGAUCCUGUGAUGACCACUACCUGAUACCACAAGUUCUGUAAAUAAAUGCAUUGAGAACAUCAUUAGCCGGCCUAAAUAAGGAGUGCCCUGUGUGCAGACUCCCGCUUGGCUGCAGGAGGCUCCUUGUCAAAGACAAGAAAUUAGAAAAAAUUAUUGCAUCUCUGAUUCCAGAUGUAGACGAUUACUUAACUUAUGAGCAAAGCGAGACUCAGAGACACAUCAAGUCCCGGGAAAAUCAGAGAAGGAUGAAAAUGCUAAAGAAAAUCAGGGAAGAGCAGAUCGCCACUGAGGAAAGGAUCAAGCAGGAGAAGUUACUUAAAAGAGAAACUAAGAAGACUAAAAAGAGGGAUAAGAAGGCUAAGAGCAAGAGGAGGGUAUAAAUUAUUAUCUUCAGGUCAAAAUUACCCUGAAUCUUCCUAAUGUAGAUGUAACUUUUGAAACCCUGGACUUCAAUUU